AUGACUGUGUCUGGCGAAGACAAGACAUCAGGGAGUAAAAAUAUGAUCACGAUUACAAAUAACAAGGGGAGGAUCUCGAAGGCUGAGAUUGAUAGGUUGGUUCGAGAGGCUGAAGAAUACAAGGCAGCGGAUGAUGAAUACAAGUCUAAGGUAGAGGCAAGGAAUUCCUUUGAGAAUUACACGUACGAAAUCAGGAAAUACAUAGAUAAUAGCAGAGAGAAGCUAGCAUUGGAUGAUAAGAAGAAGAUGGAGGAUGCACUCGACCAUGCUAUUCAGUGGCUGGAUAACAACGAACUACCUGACGUAGACGACAUCAACAACAUGUGGAAGGCGUUAGAAAGCGCAUGUAACCCUACUACGAUGUCGGGAGGUGCUGAACCCGAGAUCGAGAAAACCAGCAAAACCGAAUUAGCUGCCAAGGGAAUCAAACUUGUUGCCGCCGGAGUUAGUUUGUUUUCUUCGCUUGGUUUGAUCUAA